AGUUGCUGUUCCUUUCAAAUCAGUUCACUGUGAAGCCAAUGCAAUGAAGUUGAUUGUUUCUUUUUUGGCAGUUGCCCUGCUUGGCUGUCUGGCUGAUGCUCAACAUAUAAAGAAGCAGUCUCAGGAGCCUCAUCAGCCACAGUGGGCUCAGCUGCCCCAGCAGCCUCAUCAGCCAGCAACUCCCCCUAAAUGGAACCCACCUCAGCAGCCUCAUCAGCCAGCAACUCCCCCUAAAUGGCACCCACCUCAGCAGCCUCAUCAGCCAGCAACUCCCCCUAAAUGGAACCCACCUCAGCAGCCUCAUCAGCCAGCAACUCCCCCUAAAUGGCACCCACCUCAGCAGCCUCAUCAGCCAGCAACUCCCCCUAAAUGGAACCCACCUCAGCAGCCUCAUCAGCCAGCAACUCCCCCUAAAUGGCACCCACCUCAGCAGCCUCAUCAGCCAGCAACUCCCCCUAAAUGGAACCCACCUCAGCAGCCUCAUCAGCCAGCAAUUCCCCCUAAAUGGAACCCACCUCAGCAGCCUCAUCAGCCAGCAACUCCCCCUAAAUGGAACCCACCUCAUCAGCCUCAUCAGCCAGCAACUCCCCCUAAAUGGAACCCACCUCAGCAGCCCCAGCAGCCUCAGCAGCCUUGGCAUGAUCAGCAGCCUAAACAUCCACAUAGGCCUCAGCUGCCCAAGCAGCCCCAUCAGCCUAAAGAGCCACAGUGGCCAAAGUUGCAUCAGACUCCUUGGAAUGAUCAGCAGCCUAAACUUCCACAGAGGCAUCAGCAGCCAACUCCCCCUAAAUGGAACCCACCCCAGCACCCUCAGCAUUCUAAACAGCCACAGAGGCUUCAGCAAACUUGUGAAGUUGCUGACAAUCACAAGAUACAGUGUGGAGCUCCUGGAAUCUCUACUGAACAUUGUGAAGCUAUAAACUGCUGCUAUGGUGGAAACAUGUGCUAUUAUGGAAAAUCUGUGACCCUUCAGUGCACCAGGGAUGGUCAAUUCGUCAUGGUGGUGGCCAAAGAUGCCACCCUACCCAACCUCGAUUUAGAGACAGUUUCCUUACUUGGAGGUGGCGAAAACUGCAAUCCUGUUGGCACUACUUCAGCCUUUGCCAUCUACCAGUUCCCUGUCACUGCCUGUGGCACUGUCAAGAUGGAGGAGCCUGGCGUUAUAACCUAUGAGAACCGGAUGUCCUCCUUUUAUGAAGUCGCUAUUGGAGCCAACGGAGCCAUCACCAGGGACAGUCAAUAUGAGCUGCUUGUCCGGUGUAGAUACAUUGGCACCUCAAUUGAGGCUCUAGUUAUCGAGGUUGGCCUGCUUCCUCCACCACCCCCAGUGGCAGCUCCAGGACCCCUGCGCGUGGAGCUAGUGCUGGCCAAUGGAGUGUGUUCAGUCAAGGGAUGUGUGGAAGAGGAGGUGGCCUACAACUCCUUUUACGUUGACUCUGAUUACCCCGUCACAAAGGUUCUCAGAGACCCUGUGUAUGUGGAAGUCCGUAUACUGGAGAGGACUGAUCCCAACAUUAUAUUGACUCUUGGAAAAUGCUGGGCAACUUCUACUCCCUACUCUCAAAGUCUCCCUCAAUGGGACUUGCUGACUGAUGGCUGCCCAUGCCGUGAUGACCCCUAUCUGACCAUUCUGGUCCCUGUGGACGCUUCAUCAGGACUCAUGUACCCAACCCACCACAGGCGUUUUGUUUUCAAGAUGUUCACGUUUGUAUCCGGUGGAGGUGUAAAGCAAGCGGCUAUGAUUCCCCUCAACGAAAAGGUGUAUAUCCACUGUGAAGCAGCCGUGUGUCAACCGUCUGUCGAAGAUAAUUGUGAACCUAGGUGCCUCAGAAAAAGGAGAGACGUUUCUGUCCAGAAAGGCUCCAGAGAAGAGACCACUGUGGUUAGCAGUAAGGAGCUGGUCUUCAUUCAGUAACAUUAUCCUGAAAUCUCUUUCUCUGAUGUUUUGUGAAAAGUGAUUGAGUUUCAAAUAAAUACCCAAUUGCUGAA